AUGUCAGGAAGAACCAGAGGCAGAGCUUCUCGUCGCUCUCCAGGUCCAAGCAGCUCCAGAAAUCGAACUUUAGCUGGGCCAGACAGGGCUAAAGAUACCUUCAACACCAAGAUGGAUAUUGAUCCAGACAUGCUAAGCGAUCACAAAAUUCAGGAUUCCCUAUUGAGCUCUAACAGUAGAUUCUCUGACUAUCGCGGCAUUUUCAACUGGUGCAUCAUCAUGCUGAUGCUUACUAAUUUGCACAUGUUCCUGGAUAACUACAUAGAGUAUGGCCUCAGGGUGGAUCUUGGUCAGGUGUUUUACCAUUUCCUGAAGGACCCCUAUAGCUGGCCGGCCACCUACCUGAUUCUUGCUUCCAACGUGUUUGUGGUGGCCGCUCUGUUCUUCGAGAGAUGGCAGGAAUGGGACUAUAUAACUGAGGCAACAGGAAAAGUUCUAGAGAUUGGAAAUCUGGCUGCUAUGUUGCUUUUUCCUGCAGCAGUAAUACUGCACGAGUCAACCUCCUUAUCUGUUGGUGGAUCAAUGCUGGCUCUCCUAGUUUACACCGUCACUGCACUCAAGAUCUAUUCCUACCAUGAGGUCAACAGCUGGUUUCGUCAGGGGAUACAAACCAGUUCAGUUACUGGGGUAAAAAAUGAAUCCGAGAAGGAAUGGGUGACGUAUCCAAACAACUUAACAACAGGAGAUCUCUAUUACUUCUUGCUGGCACCCACUCUGUGCUACCAGCUCAACUUCCCUCGCAAUGUAAUCAUUCGCAAAUGGUUUGUGGCCCGUAGGGCCCUGGAAAUUGCUCCAAAUAAUUUUAUUUGGAUCAUCUUGUUCUACUGGUUCUGUCACUCUGUCCUCAACUUCAUGGGCGAGUUGCUAAAGUUUGGAGACCGGGAGUUCUAUGCAGACUGGUGGUAA